AGGUAAGAAGCAACCUAUUCACUGUCUCUAGAUCAAACGUGCCGGCGCAGCUCGUGCGGCACCUCCCACUUCUCCUCAAAAGCAAACAAAAAGCCCGCAAAAGGUGCAAACUUUCUCACCUGUGUGGCCGAACAAAGCAACAACGAACGUACCAUACACACAGCUUUCGAUUUGUGCUGCUUUUCUGCAUUUAAGACACACAAGCACAAAAAUACCGCCGUACAGCAGCGUUAUCGUACAGUGACGCCGAAUACACGUGCAGGUGCGUGCGCCAUCCACACAAGUGCUUCAUAUUUCUGUAGCAUCAUCUGACUUUCUUUUCCCUGUACAACCGAGGCCACUGGCUCCCGUGUUUUGAAUGUUAGUUACGUAGUUUUUCUUGCUCAACCUAGAAUCGAACUGCUUGCGUGUGGCGUGCGAUUUUGGAAUCUACUCUCAUCUUGUAUUUGUAGGGGCUGCCUCAGAGCCUUCUUUCACGGUGACACCGCUGGGUACCGCUUGCACUUUGCACUAGAGGAAGUACGCCGUCAGAUUGCUGUGCACCGCGUUGUGCUGACCUCUUCUUGUAUUUUCUUUCCCUGCGGUUGUGCUUUCCGCGUAUAUAUAUAAAUAAAACAGUUUAUGUAUGUAGCGACGCGAACGAUUCUGUUUGCACUGUUUUUGUAGAUCUAUAUUCUCUCUCUGCGUUUGAAUCGGCAAGUGGCAGCAUUUUCAUUCCUUCAAAACUUCCUCAGCAGCCGCGUUCAACUUCUUCUUUUUCGUUUCUUCGGUGUGACUCCUGUUGCAGACAACACCCCAACGGUGCUGCCUACCGCAUAACACCAUCUUUGCUUGGUGAGCAUUGAACGCGGUCUCGCUCUUCUUUUUUCUCCCGGUUUUAGCGUCCCAUCGUCUGCUGCACGCGAACCACGCAAACUCAUAGAUCGUUUUAUUUGUCUGUUUCCUCUUCUCUGCAUCGUACUCGUGCCUUUUCCCAAGCGAGCAAUGCGACGAGCUGCCAGUGCGACGCCGGUGCGCAGCCCCGCACUCGCGAUGAACCGCGACCAUGCCGUGCGUGACACCCCGCUGAGCGCGACCCGCUUCGCCCGUUCUGCCAGCGCGCAGGGCAGUCGCUGGGCCACCGAAGAUCGUCUCGCCAUCCGUCGCAAUCCGUCCUUCCCGAUACAGCAGACGGCACCGAAGCCGUACCUGGCGGCGUGCGCGGAGAUCACCCCACGGGGCCGCAACUGGAAUGCGGAGUUUCAGCUCGCGUGGGAGAUGGAGGACCACACAAUCGAGCAGGCGGAGCAGCGCAUGCACGCACUGCGUCAGAUCGCGCGCGAGUUUGAGAAGGAAGCCGCCACGACGGUGGUUCAGAUUGUGCGGCUGGAAAAGGACAUGCCGCAUGAGCUGCCCAAGUUUGUGCAGUGCUUCCAGGUAAAAAACAUUUUCUUCCGUGUUUUGCCCGACAGCCGGUCGGGCCGCAACUACAUUGCCUCGCUGCGGGGAAUUCUGCAGAGCGGCAGCGCUCUCCUCUCCGUGCCGCUGUCUGUCAUGUUUUACUACCGGGGGAUGCCGGUGCUGGCGCAGGCGCUGGUGCCCAUGACGACGCAGGCGAAGCGGCUCUACGGCGCCAACUCCACCAACGACGCGGAGGUGGAGGCGGAGAUGGCCUUCAUGGCCGAGGCACUGCACAUUGCCCUGCCGGACAGCAGCAUGGAGGUGUACGAGGCCCUCGACGGGCGCUACUACGUCACCAAUUCGAAUGCCACGCUGACGCCGCUGUUCCUGGACGACACGAUCAUGAAGCGGCAGGAGAUGCUGCGCACCUGCCCGAAGGUGAUCGACGGGGCGGACAACACCAUGGCCGUACUGGACGAUCCGGUGCUGCAGGACGCGGUGAUGCUGGUGUGCUCUAGCUCCCCUCCCUCCGUCGGCACGAGCGACACUUUGAGGCAGCUGUGCGAUGUUCUGCACACCCGCGGCGUGAAUUUGUGCCUGCUGAAGCAAGUUGCACGUCGCGUCCUCUCCGCCGGCCACUACAACCCCCAGGCGGUCCGCGACGCCGUGCAUCUCAUUGCGUGUGAGAUGGUCAGCCGCACCCUCAAACAAGAGUUUUACAUCGAGGUGCAGGGCAAGCGAAUCGCCUACGACGAGGUGUCUUCGGCGCGUGCGCUGUCGAAGUACUUCGCCCUCGUCUUUGCCUCUGCGCCGCUCUUCCGCGCUCAAUUUUUGGGGACCAUUUCUAAAAAGUACGGCGUUACCUCCGACGAGGAUGGCGACAUCAUCGAGGUUCUCGUGGGCUUUCGUGCGGAGUGGAGGUCGCGGAUUAUGGACCGCGUGUGCCACCUCCUCGGCGCCACCAUCCGUAAGGAGAGCGGCGAUGUGCAGAUGACGUGGAAGCCAUUUGUGAACUCGACUGUUGUCCCGCAGCUCGUUGACCCUCGCGUGGCGAUCCUGCUGGUGGAGGCGUACACCAAAGUGCAGACAGACGCGCCGCAUUGGAAUGCAUUCUGCCUGCCGCUAUGCUGGAAGAUCGCGUGCUGGCAGCAGCGCUUCCCGCUUGCGCUGAGGCUGGCAAGAGAGGACGCCGCGGCGCAGAAAGAACGCGCCGGUCCGCUGCAGCUCAUUCGCUGGUUCAUGGAGCGCUGCGUGUGCCACGUGUGUUUUAAAACACGAGACUGGCUGUGCAUUCAGGAGGGGCGGUCUCGUUUCCCGCAGGUGCUGGGCGGCUACGAGGCGUGGGCGAGCGCCAAGACGCAGGGGAGGCGCUGCACCGAAUACGGCUUCUGGCUCGUUGACGUGGCGGAGGGCCUUGUCGAGUCGCCAGCGGAGCUGCGCAGCUGCGUGGAGGAGGCUGUCUUCUACUUUCAAACCGCUAUUGACCGAAUGCCGAAGUACCUGCGGAGCGAGCACGGGGCCUGGCUGCAUUUACAGCCGUACAUCGGACUACUGCGGUGCAAGAAGCUGCUCCAUUCCUGUUCCGUCGACACGCAGUCGUUGGUGAAGCACUCCGUCGAGCUGAGCAACAUCGGAUGGGCUUCAGACUUCUUUAUCAACUACCUGUGGGACCUGGGGCGGGAACUGGAGUACGAAGGCGACUUCCCCGGCGCCAUCCAGGCCCUGCGCACUGCCAUCGCUCUCUCAAAAGAAAAGCCCACCUUUGCUGCCGAGCUACACACUCUGCUCAUGGACACCGCCCACGUGUAUCGCUCCUGGGAUCUGCGCCUGUACGCGAAGGAGUGCAUCGAGCUGACGAACGAGGCCAUUGCGUACGCCGCGCAGUACUACGGCACGGCGAGUCGGCAGUACGGCGUCGUCGUAACCAACCGCGGCGCCAUCGAGAUCGAGCUGGGGUGGCUGGACCAGGCGGAGGAGACGCUGCGCAGAGCCGGUGCCGCCUUGGACGCCGCGCAGGUGCCGCACGACGACCCCGACUACGUUGCCUAUUUGCGAAAUCUCGAUGUUCUCUACCGGCUCCGCCAUCCCAAUCUCACCGCCCCAACGCCUCUCACCGGGUUUCUGCUGCGCUACCCGUUUCUCGCGACCGGCUGCGAAGGCGUCCCCUGGGACGAUGUGCGGCCGCUGCAGGACGGUGCCUUCGUCCAACUCGCCCGCUACCGCGCGCAGGAGGCCGCGGGGACGGAUGAAGCCUUCCGCCUCGAGGCUGCGAUGAAGCGGCGCGUCGGCGAGCUCUUCCGCACUCUCCUCGCGGGUGCGACUCUGAAGCGGUUCCCUUUUCUCCCCCCGCAGGUGGACGGCGUGUACGUCGAGAGCCUCUUCCUGGGUCAUGACCGACUCUUUCGCGAGUUGAGUGCGCCGUGGCUGCGGAUGGCAGCGGAGUCGGACGAGAGGCGGCUGCAGGAACGACUCAUGCUUGCCUACGUCUCCAUCAAGGCGCGACGGAUGGCGCAUCGCCGUCACUACGAACACACCGUCGAGGGAGGCUUCAUCAGCGCGUUUGGCGCGGCGGUAAAUCUCAUGCUGCCAGUAGACUUUGUUGAGGUGGUUGAGGACGUGCAGGUUCAGCAGCUGAUGGGCGAGUACGACCGGAAGGCGGCGCAUCGUGCCUCCGGCGCGGAGCUGCGUCGUGUUAUGGAGCGACUGGGCGAGCGCGUGGAUGCGUGGGAGCGGGAGCAGUGGGACUGGCGGCAGUCGAUUUCCGCCUGGACCCCCGCGGUGCUGCUUCACUCCUUCUUCCUUGCCGAUUUGACGAACGACGGCCCGCUGCGCGAUUUGCUGCUGGCGCGUCAGCACCGCGACCGCGCCACGGAGGAGGUGAUGCCGCCUCGUGUCUUAGAUGCCCGUGUCGAGGCCCGAUGCGCCGCCAUCUGGGAACGAGGCCAGCUCGAGCGGUUGUACAGUCGCUCCGAGUCCCAGCAGCUGCAGCAGCGCUAUCAGCUCCGCUCACCGCGCCUUCACCACCAGCACCUGAGCGCUGUGUUUGAGGAUGUGCUGGAAACAUGGAAUGCCAGCGUCUACAUCACCGUGGAUGUGGAGAGCCGCGACCACGUUGUGGCUGCUGUGCAGCGUCGUGGACAGGAGAACCGUGAUGUGGAAUACAUGGAGCAGUGGUACCCGCAGCUGCGGGCGAUGCGUUGCCCUGCGGACAUCCAGGCGGGGCUGCCGCACCAACUUGACACCUUCUACAACGGACUGCAGCUGCGCUGGCAUCAAGGCAACUGCAGCGACGACGUCCUCUACGCCCGCGUGCAGCAGCACCUUGAGCUCCGCCACAGCCGCGCUCGCAAGGCUCGUGUGGGCAUUAUGCGUGACCGCCUCCGCACAGAGGCGAAGUACCCCUUUCUACACACUCGCUACGACGGCAUCCACCUACACGACCUCCAUCUCGAAGAGGACGCCGCCUUCUGCGAGUACUACGAGGAGUACACCCAUCUCGCCGCGAAGCCAAAGCUGGCGGUGCGUCGCAUGCAAUCCAGCGAGACACGCAUGGACGCGCGUGCGCAGAAGCUGGCCAGCCAGCUGAGAAGUCGAGAGGCGGCCCUGCGGCAGCGCUUUGGGGGAUUUUUGCGACGCGGCGAUGCGGCCCCGCUGUGGACGAGCGUCGGCCUCGAGAGCGUCCCCCGCAUUCUGCAGUGCGAACAGUACUACGCCGCCCAUGCGGAGCAGCAGCCACCCACAGCGAAGGCUGCGAGAGAUGCUGCCCGCUGCGCACAGGAGAUUCGGAGUUACAUCCGGCACCUGGCGAGCGACGACGCCGCGUUGCGGAUGCUGCGCAACGCCUCGAACGAGGAAGUUGCCGAGCGCUACCCUUAUCUGUCGCUCCGCCCCCUCCCUGCGGUGCCGUUGUGUGCGCUGCCUUUCGAGUGCUGCGGCGACUUCCGACGGCAAACGGCGGCGCUUUACGCACUCGCGUGCGACGCGGCGCCGGGGCGAGAGCAGGGCAGCACGCGGAAUCCCACCCCGGACUCGUGGGUGUCACUGCCCGACUCCGCUUCAUCGCACCAUUCAGAGUCCUUUGCCGACAAGGCACAGCAGCUUGUGCACAUAGUAGACGAGAUGGCAGAGGAGGAGUUGGCAGAGCAGCACCGGCUGCAGGAGCUUUACCGCGGAAUUCCAAUGGAGGUCCUUGGCAUCCCCUCCACACAGCUGAACCUGCCAGACAACUUCGCUGAGCUGUGGUCGCAGUCGUCGAGAGAGGGGUUUCACGGACCAACCGCACCACUUGCCUAUGGCGCACUCCACCAGGCCGCCAUCUCCGUUCGCGCGCUGAUGCUGGCCAAUCUCUACGCGGAUGAGCACCGACUACUGGCACAGCCGUUCCUUCUCUACCACACCCGCCUGUGCAUCUCUCUUCGAAACUUGCCACUGCAAGAGGACAGCCGGUACACGGCGCUUCAAGGUGAGUACGAGACUUUACUUCAACAAAGAGGGCUCAACAGCACAGACGCCAGCCUGCAGCGUGUCCGUCUAGCAAAUCGAGCGGAUCGUGUUGCCCUCCGCACCUCUCGUAGCUGGAAUAGGCUCCUCUCACAACUUCCGCGGUCGAUUUCAGUGGAGAGCAACCAGCUGGAGUACCUGCGAACACACACAGACCUGGGGAGAACACCCAGAAGCGGUAGCGAGCGAAAGAAGAGGAAGCCGGCCGGGGCAGAAGCGCUCACAGCGGACGUGGAGACUUCCGCGCGGCGCGACGCCGAUGACGCCGCAGCGGACAGCUCACUGAGAGCCGAUCUGCCCUUUAUCGCACCUCACAUCACUGUCACCAGCGUUAACGGAGAUGAGGAGUUUGUGCGGCUGCAGAACGUACUGAAGAAGAUGCGCAGUACUCCUACGGCUGAUUCCUCACAACUUACGGCGGCUGAGGACGCCCUUCGCGACUACACUUCGUUGUACGAGGAGCCAGAACGACAAACUUCAGUGCGAGACAGCGCAACACAGCAGACGCUGCCAGCGACACCCACGGAGUUUCCGACCACUGUAAGACAUGCAACAGCACAGCAACAACCAGCACAGCCAUUUGCGCGUCAGCAGCGUGCCGCAACUACCAGCAGUACGCACACGCCUCCUGCGACUCCAAAGUCGAAGGGACGCCAGAACAAGGAACGAGACGCACCCCAUGCAUCGCCCUCCACAACGCCGCUGCUGACUGAACGAAGUCUGGAGCGACAACCACCAACAAUGCAGGCCGCAAGGUCCAUGGGAACUCCCCUAACACCGCCGAGCCAGAGAGAACAGUUAUCAUCGCGCUACCCGUUCCUGCGCCUGCACGAGGAGGACGGGUGGCCGGAGGCGCUGGUGGCUG